UAUUAAGAAAAACAUCUAAAGCAAAUACUUUAUAAAAUGGGUGUAUAAGUUAUCUAAAAUUUUGAAAUAAACGAUUUAAAAUAAAUGUUUGUUUCUGUCUCUUUAGCAGAAGAAGAUAGAGAAUUAAUUGCAUUUUUAGCUGGUGCUCAAUACGCUUACGGCAAGGUAGAGAGGAGUUCAUUAAGUGGUUUAAUUGCUUAAAUUGCUUAACUAAUAUAGAUAUCAUAAUAGAAUGGUUAAAAUGAAAUUAAACAAGAAAUAUUUGCAUCUCUGGUUAAUAACGCAUAAUAAGAACCUUUUAGAUAUAUCGAAGAACUCUCCAAGAACAGAAAUCAAUCAAAAAUUAGCAUAAAUAAUACUGAGUUAAAUAAUCAAGAUAAAAAAUAUGCUUAAGAUGAAAUAGAAGAGGAAGAAGAAGAAGAAAAGGAAGUAUAUGAUAACAAAAACAAAUUAAAUUAGUUUGAAUACUAAUUAAAUAAAAUGACUUUCAAUGAAAGGCAGAAUACUUAUUGUAAUUGCAAUAUAUGCUUUGAUUUAAAAGUUAGUGAAUAGUUUUUUUACUUAGAUUGCAAUCAUGUUUUUCAUAAUUAAUGCUUCCAUGAUUACUUAUAGCUAUAAAUAAAUUCUGAUAAUUUUUUGAUAAAAUGCCCUCAUAAUGACUGCUGCUACUAAAUUCCAUAGAGAAUCUUAAAUGAAGUUUUAAAUAAGGAGGAACUAGAAGCCUUAGAACUUAAAUCAAUAACAUCAUUUUUAUCUUAGAAUUAGGUUUAAAUUAAAUAAUGUCCUACUUUGAAUUGCGAAUUUACUUUUUCAAAUGAAGAUAAUUUAACAAAGCUUGAUUGCCCAUAUUGUAAUAAAAUCUACUGUUUAGCUUGCAAUUGCUUGUUUCAUGAUAAUUUAACUUGCGAAGAGUAUUAAAUGUCACUCAAUAGUUCUCAAUCAAAAGACAAAAUGUCAGAAGCUUAAAAUAAGAAUUAAAACAUAUCUGCUUAAAAACCUAAAAUUUCUAAUGAAUAAAUAUAAACUGAAAUAAAAGAAGUUUAAUAAGGCUUAGAUAAUGAAAAUGAUUGGGUCUGUGAAAUAUGUUAUGAAAAUAUGACUAGCAAAGACUAUAUACCUCUUUUAUGUGAUCAUAUUUUCCAUAAAAAUUGUUUAGCUUAAUAUUUUACUACCUAAAUAAAUGAAAAGAAGUUUCCUUUAAAGUGCCCAAAUUCUAAUUGCACUCUACCUAUCAAUUAAUAAGACUUGAGGGAAGUCUUGAAUGAAAUUGAAAUUUAAAGAUAUGAGAAAUUUAGCUUGUAAAAUUAUAUUGACUCAAACGCAGAUGAAAUAUCUUGGUGUCCUACUCCUAACUGCGAAUAUGCUUUCAUUAUAGAGAAAGAUUAAAAUCAGCUUAAUUGCCCUAAAUGUAAUAAGUCUUAUUGCUUAAAUUGCAAAUGCGAUUAUCAUAAUGGAUAAACUUGUUAAGAAUAUAAAAUAUCUAACAAUUUUACAGAAGAAGAUUAAAAAUUUGAAUAAUUUGUGGCUGGCUAAAAAUUUAAGUAAUGCUCAAAAUGCAAAAUGUGGGUUGAAAAAAACUAAGGGUGUGAUCACAUGACAUGUAGAUGUGGCUAUUAAUUUUGCUAUAAGUGUGGAGGAGUUUAUUUAUAGUGCAAUUGCUCAUAAGGAUAUAGAUAACUACUACCUUUUUCAAAUUUAUUUAGGCAACCUAUACCUACGUUCUUAUACAAUCUAAAUGAUAAUGAUGAUUAUUCUAAUGACAGUAGUUUAGAUGAUUUCAUUUUUAAUUAAAGUAAAUUUGCAACCAAUUAUUAAAAUGGUUUGAGAUAAAAUACGUCUUAAUAUUCGACGAUUAAUGAUGAUUCUUUUGAAUUAUAAAUUAAUAACCAUAAAUAAAUAAAUGAAAAUGAAAUUUAGAUUAAAAAUACUUAAAGCAAUUCUCUAAAUACUUAAAAUUAAAUGGUUAAUUACAAUAGAAAAUAUUAAAAUAGAAAUAAUAGUACCUAAUAUUAAUUGCUUAAAUAUCUAUAAAGAGAAAACAGAAAACGUAAUAACUAAAAUUAAAAUAGAGAUGAUGAUAAUAAUAAUAAUGAUAAUAAUAAUAAUUAAGAUGGUUUUAGAGAUCACAAUGACUAAAGUUAAAAUAAAGAUGAUAAUAAUAACUAAAAUAAAUUGAUUAAUCAAAAAAGACCUUAUUAUAAAAACAGAAACCACAAUGACUAAAAUUAAAAAAGAGAUGAUAAUAAUGAUAAAAGUAAUAAUCACUAAGAUGAUUCGAUUUAUUAAAGAACAACAUAUUAUAAAGACAGAAAUUACAGUGACUAAAACUAUUAUAGAGAUAAUAAUAAUAAUAAUAAUAACUAAGGUGACUUUAUUUGUCAAAGAAAUCCUUAUUAUUAAAACAUAGAUCACAGUGAAUAAAAUUAUGGUAGUGAUAAUAAUUACUAAGAUUAUUUUUUUAAUGAAUAGAGACCAUAUUAUUCAAAUAAAUAUUAAAGCUACUAAAAUUAAAAUAAAUUAGGAUAAAAUAAGUAACUAAAUCAGAGAAGCUAUUAAUAAAACUAAAUGAAUUUUUAAAAUAUUAAUUAGAACAAUUAAUCUUUCAUAAAUGCAUAAAACAAACCUGAAAAUUCAUUAAAAAAGAAUGUAAAUAAUAAAAGUAAAAGCUCCAACAAUUAACCGUUUAAGAGCAAUAAAAUACCAAACCUUACAAAAUAUUAAGUUCUUAAUAAUAAUAAAAAUAGUAUUAAAAAUAAUAAAAAUAGUAAUAAUAAUAAUAAUAAUAAUAAUGAAUGA